AUAGGCGUGCUUCAAACAGGCUAGUUGAGCAGAUGGAUAACAGAACUUGACUCAGUGAUCGACACGGACCGCACGCGUACUCACGCCGCACGGGCACAAUGCCUUUCUCUAGUCAGUCAUAUGAUACAGAUUCGCAACAGAAAUCUUUCCUUUAUGCUUCGAUUGUCACCAUGCGGCAAUGGCUACAGUGCUUUCCCGUUUCAUAGUUUGCUUCCAGGCCCGGGCUGUACUAGUACACGAUGGGAGGACAAUUAUACCUCAUACCUUGCUUGUGGCAUACCCAAAGUAGUGUAAACAAGUGCUGACCAUGAAGCUCAUUGAGGCGUCACAGUCUUUCGGGCGAUCUCAUUGAUGCAGUCUUCAUUCUCUUUCUUUUCCAUCUUCACUAUUCGAUUCGCUGAGAACCGUUUAUGGCAUGCAAUGCAGACCACUUUGUGAAGUCACUUGAACAGAAUGUCAUAGCCAAAAUAUGUGUCAAUAUGUGAAGUCUAACACGAGGGCUAUUGUGCAUUGUGCACAGGAUCGCCCGCACCGCUAGUUUCUCGAGCUUCUCUGGCCAUCACAUCCUUUUCUCGGCUGUUACUUGUCGCCGUUACUUGAUUACCUCUUGAUCUGAACAUUCGACCCAGUUAUGCCUGUAUUGAAACCUUUCUUUGGAUCGCCGCCUCUUCCCGAAGGAAUUGAGCAAGAUAGCCAACGUGGAGAUGAUGUUCAACUACUGCAGUUGCCCCCAAUCAUUCCCGAGCCCCCUCUGUUCCCUUGCCUCAACGAACCCGCCGCCACGUCCAGCUCGAUUCAUCCUGAAAGAAACGUUGUAGAAAGCUCAGCAGUGGGGUGGUCUGGACUGCAGGAAGUAUCUGUGAUACAUGCAAGCAGUCGCAGUACUGCUCCACCUCUAGGCAAUCUCCUAGGUCUUCACCGACGUCGUGAACCUCAAUAUCCUGACGACGCGUCAGUGGCCGCAAGUGAUGGAGUGGAUGAAGAUGACAUUGAUAGAUCGUCUGAGGUAGCCCUACUCGAUGAUGCGUCGGUCUUUGGUGAUAACGUGGCUGCGGAUGAAUGGGAACAAGUUAUCAAAGAGGAUAAAUUGACUGCUCGUUUUCUUGUCAUCACGCCUCAUGUCAAGUUUAUGUUCUUGAUCUUGGAGAUGCUUGCGGGCGGCAUCGUUCUCAUCGUCCUUCCUUAUUGUUUCCCUGACGGUUGGCAAAUGAAUGAGAUGUUAACCCAAGACAGCCUCAUAAGCCAUUACUUAUGCGGUCCUCAUCUCCAAAUGAUCAUCUUCAUGGUCGUUAUCUCAGCUUUGAAGAAAGAAGAUUCGGAUGCCCGAAAGCACCAGCCUCUCAUGGACUUGAUGAAAGGCAAUGCCAAGGCCGAUCAAACGCUUUUACUCGAUUACACUAGUCAAAACCCUUUCUCCGCGUUGUAUAAUUCCCUCAAAAAUCGGCAUUGGCAAGUUUCGCUAGGUGUGAUCGUUGGUAGUCUCGCAACGUUGUUGAAUCCGUUGACUGGGGCUAUUCUGAUCAUGCAGCCUCAUUGGUCUAUGGGUCCGCAUAAUACCACGAUGGGUUAUAAAACCAUUGGGUUGAACGAAGGCCCGAGUUUUACCGACCUCACAGCCUUCUUGAACGCUGCAAACUAUGCCAUUGUUGAUAUUACAUUCGGUGUGGGAGAUCCUCAUUGGGUUCAUCAAGGCUAUGCCAUCGCAGACUUCGAACUCCCAAAGGUUGCCAGUGGAAAUGGGACACUUCAUGCAGAGACAAUUGCUAUCUUUCAGGAAUCCGGUUGUAUAGGAUAUGAUGCUGGAUCUAUGAAUAUGAUUCCAUUCCGCAACAAGACCGGUUGGGCGAACAGCGUUAGCUUUCAUAAAUGCGAGUUUCAGUGGUCUGUCGAGGAUUCCGCUAAAGACCUUUAUGGCGUUGGUACGAUUCCAUACCAGUCAGACUGCAAGUCCUCCGUGACGCUCCCGCAAGAACAUCAACCUGUCGUAUUCUGGUUCUUCACACAUUCCCCUCGGCCAAUGUUAGACGCCGUGAUGUGUACACCGGCUAUGUCCGUUUGGAGUGUCGUUGCCGAUGUCGACCUCUAUACCGGGAAGCUCACCGGGAUUCACAGAAAUGCAUCUUUAGCUUCUUCCUCUUUUCUUGAUGUAGAAUCUGACCAUGUCGAACAGCUCGCUUCUUUGAGAAACCUAUCUGGAUACCCAAUGUAUGGCCGUGCCUACAACGGGGUGUUCUUUGGUAUGAACAUCACCGAUACACUCGUUCAAGAGAGGCUUGAGGGGUUGCAAAUGGUGUUGCCUGCUGCGAUGUAUAAGGCUGCUAGAUUGAGCGAACAAGGUUUGAUAGGUGCAUUUCGGAACGGUUUCGCUGGAUUCUCUAACAGAAUCUAUGGCAUGUAUCUGUCCAUCAUGGCUCGAUCCAUCUACUUUGUCGAUACCUCUCAACCCAUUCCAAUCCCAAUCCGCAUCUCAGCCCCUCGUCUUCGCCUCACGCCUCGGCGCAUCCCAUGCAUCAUACUCGGAAUCACACUUAUCAUAAGCGCGAUCCUCGCACUCAUACUCAAACUUCUCUCCUUAGGCCCUCGUUCCAAACUUGCGAUCGGAGCUCCUUUGGGUACUUUAGCUUCGUACAUGAGUUUAGGGUUAGAUAACCCUUUACAAGAGUACCUGUUGGAGAAGAGGAAGUUGGGUGAGGAUGAGCUGGGUGAAGAGUUGAAGAGGAUGAGACUUGGGUUUGGGUAUUAUGUGAAUGGGACUAGGAGGAUCGUUUGUCAGAAAAGUGGGGUCCCCAUUGAGAAAGGGCUUUUCGAGAGAGUUGGGGAAACGUUACUUCAUUGGAAGGAUAGGGUUUGGAAGGGGCCUGGAAAGAUGGAUGUGAAGGGGAAAGGUAAGGCGCUGCCGGAACGAAAGAGGGACUUGGAGGAAGGCGAUCCGGCUUUGGAGGCUCUCAAGCUCAGGAAAGAAGAUAGGCCUUGUUGGAUUUGUCUGGCCGGUCGCUGUAUGACUUGUAGCCAACCUGUGCUUUCAUUUCCUGAAUCACAGGCUCAAGGUCAAGGUCAAGGUCAAGGUCAAGGUCAAGGUCAAGGUCAAGGUCAAGGUCAAGGUCAAGGUCAAACUGGAUCCCGCUGUGCCGACUUGGAUGAUCAUGAAGGCAAAGUCGAAGGAUGGCUUAAAGGCGUUCCUGUCCCUCGUUGUGCUUGCAAGGCGAAGAUCGAAAGGCUUGUUGCGCUUUCGCGUGCUGCUGAGAUGCGUUCGUCGAUGUCGACUGCGGUUGAAGACUCUUCGGCUUCUAUGGGGCCGUAGACUGCUUGGAUUUCAAAAUCGAUUUCAUCGUCAGGCCUCAAGUUUAACUUGCUCUUUCUUGUGGCGAUUGGGUAUUUGCUAUCACAUGGCCCGGUCUUCCGUCACAAGCUCAUUCAUCGUUAUAUGAGACCAUGCUGUCUGCGAACUGUUCUCCUGCACCUCUACCUACGCUCUACUGACACCCCAGUUACGCUCUACUUACGCUCUACUCUCAUGGACUACAUGUGGAUCUCCAUCGAUUUCAAUUCUCUUAGACUACGGACGUCUCAUGCUACACUAUUCUUAUAUCAUCCCUGAAAUGUUGCAUAUGGACAUUGUAUUCGCACGUUGCAUGUCUCGUGUCUCGUGUCAAAUAGUCUUGAUUCGAUUGAAAUUUCAUAUUUGUCGGGGGUUUAUGCG